AUGGACAUGAUAUUUGAUCACGAAACGGUCACAGACCAAUCCGAACUCCUCCCUGUCCAUGGCAGCUAUCAAAGCCUAAUUCCAGAUGAGCUUUCUGCUCAACUGGACCUUUCCUCAUUGCCUGGCGUUGACUCUUUCGGUUUUCCUGCGCACCCUCAGCCGCCAAACAGCACAGUCCACGCCGCUGCGAACAGCGUCGCCUCUGGGGUGCCGCCUGCCAAGCCCAGCCACGGCAAGCGCUGGCAAAUCCCCGAUGCGAAGUGGGAGGAACACAAAGAUACUCUGUACAGGCUGUACAUCGUGGAGGGUUUGACCCUGGAGAAGACCAUGGCGGUGAUGGAGAAGUACCAUGGCUUUCAAGCGUCAAGAAGGAUGUACAAGGACCGCUUCAAUUCUUGGAGGAUGUUCAAGAAUUUAAGAAAGAACGACGUUAAGGACGUUGCCCGACAGCUGAAGGAGCCGCAGUGCCGUGACAGUGAGAUCUUGAUCUCCGGCAAGAAGGUCUCUAUGGCGAGAAUGCAACGCUACUUGAACCGGCAUGGCGAAUCCAACCUGGAAAACGCAAACAUUAUUCCGAAGACCCUCGAAGUCAACAGUGUGGGCUCGACCAUGGGAACCGCAGCAAAGAAAACUCCACGCGCUCUCUUGCUCGGGGUUGAUGUCAAAGAUCCUUUUGAUGUUCAAUCAUUUCGCGCCCCCCAUGGGGAGGGAAUCUCUGUGGGUGAGUUGCUUGUCCUACGAACGAAAGGCGCCACGCAGAUUAUGGAUGAGGAAGUCGACGAGGGAAUCUUGAGUCUUCAAACUGCAUUCACCGGGUUGCGAGAUUUCUACAAGCCAUCCCAUCCCAGCGUUGUACAAACUGCUUGGUGUUUGGCUGAGGGUUACGUCCGGAAUCAAGAGAUAGAGAGCGCAGAUGAGAUCGUCAACUGGAUUUCCAGUGGCUAUAGCCAAGAUCUGAGUCUCUUCCACCCUCGAACGUUGGACCACUACCUAAGCGUUGUCAAAAUGCUUCAGGAGUGGGGGCGAAGCCAGGACGCCAGAUCGUUGGGGUUUCGCCUCUUUGCUGCGAUCCGUGACAAAGCCCCCUCGAGCAAGGUUGUCAUGGUCCGCCAGUCCUCGGAGCCUGACUGCGAGUUCUGUAGUAUUGCUGAUGACGCUGAGUUCCAGCAAAUCUUCGAUGAGCGCUCAGACAUGGACGAAGUCGACCAACAGCUCAAGCUUGCUAGCAUCUGGUCUGCGGCCAGGCUCCCUGGUAUGCAGCCAGUGAUGGAGAAGCUGAUUUUGCGGUUUUCUUCGCUUAGCUCGGUCCUGAGAGGCUGGGAGGUGAAGGCUAGAUGCAUCUACAUCAGGGCUUUGAACGACGAAAAAGCCUACGACGCUGUCAGGUCGGAGUGCAAACUCGCCCAGAGCACACUGAGUGACCUGAUCCGUCACGCCAAUCCGCCAUCUACGGCAGAUCUCAUCUGUCUUUGUGCAGAGGUGUUGCGCAUAUUCCACCGAGUGAAAGACACUUCUGGAAUCGAGAAGGUAGAGAAAUGGAGAAAGAACCUGUUGCUUGGCCUUGUCAAACCAUUUGAAGGAACUGGAGGCCGCACCAACUGUUUGGGCUCCAUCAGCCACUUGUCAGAUAUCGGCUUGGGCUAUCAGCGCCGCUUCAAGCAGAUAGAUGCCGAGAUUUGGUUUGAGUGGGCGAACAAACUCUCGGCCCAUGAGCUCGGGAGUCACAGCCUCAUCUCACAACUUCUUGAUAGGGCGGUUAAGGAAAGGUAUUAUGAUGAUAGUCAAGUACUUGGUAGUGUUUAG